AUGAGAAAGAUACAGGCAGUUCGCUUCCUUGUCAACAAUCUGGCCAUGAGUUCCGCGAGUGUAGCAAACCCGACCUUUGCAGCUCAAUCCUUUGUGAACAAGUUCAACGAGGACUAUGAGACCAAGCAUUUGAAGUUCGAAGAGCAGUUCUGGGGCACCAAGAUGGAUUUGUCUUCCACACCUGACAUGACCUUUUCCGCUGAAAACUUGUCCAAGACCAAGUCUGAAAUGGAAGAUUUGCUUUCGGAUUACAAGACUGUAGAAGAGGCCAAGAAGUUGAGGGAGUCUCUCCCCGACUCUGCCCCACAGGACCUUAUUGACUGUCUUGAUAUUAUCAUUCGUACUUGCGAAUGCUAUGCCAUUUCUCCUGACAACAAGGAAGUUCGAGAGUCGACCAGUAGAUUGGAAAGUGAACUUGAACUCAAGCGAAACCGAAUGGAGUUGGGCUACAAGGACGCUGAAGGAAACUUCCAGAAGGCUUCAUCGGUAGGUCUUCGCAAUAUGCUGCAAACCAAUGAAGAUGAGGCGAUGCGAAAGGCAGCCUACGAGGGUCUUCGAUCCAUUGGUCCAUUCAUUUGUGAAAAUGGCUUUGUCGAGAUUAUCAAGCUACGCAACAAGCUCGCAAAGUCUAAGGGUUUCGUCGAUUAUUACGAUUACCAAGUCACCAGCUCGGAAGGCAUGAGCAAGCAAAAGCUCUUUGAAAUUAUGGACGGUCUGGAAAAGGGAACCCGACCCAUCAUGGAAGCUUCUCUCAAGGAGCUGGAGAAGAGGCACGGUGCUGAUGCAUUGAAGCCUUGGAAUACUUCCUUCAAGCUAGCUGGCAGUCUCGUGCAGAAAAUGGAUCCAUACUUUCCAUUCGCCAAAGCACCACUCCGAUACUGCCAAUCCUACUCCAAGAUGGGAAUCACCUACGAAGGUUCCACCAUGAACUUGGAUUUGUUGGAACGCGAAAACAAAUAUAGCAAUGGAUUUUGCCACUGGCCCAAGGUGGCUUGGACCAAGCCGGAUGGCAAGUGGGAACCAUCCACUGCCAACUUUACCUCCUUGGCCAAUCCCAAGACGGUCGGAAGCGGAUUGAGAGCCUUGACCACUCUCAUGCAUGAAGCAGGUCAUGCGGCACACUUUGCCAACAUCAAACAACCCAGUCCACUUUUUGGUCAAGAACGUCCUCCAUUCUCGGCUGCCUUGGCAGAAGGCCAGAGCAUGUUUUUGGAUUUGCUGGUCAGUGAUGCUGCCUGGAGAGCCAAGUAUGCCCGGGACACGGAUGGAAACCCCAUUCCUUUUGAGAUUAUUGAGGAAGAGAUCAAGUCGACUCAUCCCUUUGCUGUCCGACAAUUACGUUCCAUGAUCUCUGUGCCCUACUUUGAAAAGGCCUUGUAUGAACUCUCUGAUGACGAAUUGACCCCUGAGCGCAUUCAGGAGUUGGCAGAUGAGGUUGAGAAAAAGAUUCAAGGCGGUCUUGGACCAAGACCUCUAUUGUCGGUUCCUCACAUCAUUUCUGAUGAAGCAAGUUGCUACUACCAUGCCUAUGUUUUGGCCGAAAUGAGCGUCCACCAAAACCGAGCCUUCUUUAUGAAGCGAGAUGGUUUCAUUGUGGACAACCCAAAGGUCGGACCCGAUAUGACCUCGAACUAUUGGAAGUACGGAAACAAAAAGACCUUUCUCGAUCUUGUGAAGGACUUUACUGGAUCCGAGCUCUCUGGAGAUGCCUGGGUCGCCGAACUCAAGCAGAGUGUGGAAGACAUGAUUGCCAGCGAGAAAGAGGAGUAUGAAAAAUCCGUCAAGGAGUGCACAGACGAAGAAACGAAGUUGGACCUGGACAUGGUGGUUCGGUUUGUCGAUGGAGACACGUUGAUCUCGGAUUCUUCCACGUCGCCGAAUGGAUUACUUGGUGCUUGCAACGAAUUCGAGACCUUUGUUCAAGCAAGAAUCAACGAGAACUAG